CAGUUCGGCUCACGCGCUUCCUCUCUUAUCAAACAGUAUCCGUUUCUAUUCUCUGACUCUCAGCUCAGUCACAACUUCACAGUUUGCAUAAUUCAAAGUCAGCAUGGCGAUGAAAGCUGUUUGUGUGCUCAAAGGCACCGGGGAAGUGACCGGAACCGUUUAUUUCGAGCAGCAGAACGAAACGUCUUCAGUGAAGCUCUCAGGUGAAAUCACUGGCCUUACUCCAGGAAAGCAUGGUUUCCAUGUCCAUGCUUUUGGAGACAACACAAAUGGCUGCAUCAGUGCAGGUCCACACUUCAACCCUUAUGGUAAAAAUCAUGGUGGACCAACUGAUAGUGACAGACAUGUCGGAGACCUUGGUAACGUGAUAGCCGAUGACAAUGGUGUUGCAAAAAUUGGCAUUGAGGAUAAAAUUGCGACCCUGUUAGGGCAACACUCCAUCAUUGGGAGGACCAUGGUGAUCCAUGAGAAGGAGGAUGACUUGGGUAAAGGAGGCAGUGAAGAAAGUCUUAAAACUGGCAAUGCUGGAGGUCGCCUGGCCUGUGGAAUUAUAGGCAUCACUCAGUGAAGUCCAGCUCUAAUCGAAGAGUUGGCUUUGAAAUAUUGGUGACCAAUGUGGAUCCCCCCUUCCUUAAGCACUUAGCCCUCUAACAAUUGCAUCACUAUUUUUGCAAGUUAAUGCUUAAAGAAUUGUACUUUAGCCAUGUAAAGCCGUUUUGUUUUCUGCACACGUCUGUGUGGACACUGUCUGACUUCUUACAGCUACAAAGUGAUGUUCAUUUCCUCUGAUCUCUGCUUUAUUCAAUAAAGAUUGAGCGGACUGGA